AGUUUUUAAUGUCAGUGAAGUGAAAAAGGUGAACAAGGACAAGUGGAGCUUCGUCGACCCACAAUGGGUGGGCCAAUAACUUUCCCACAACUUCUGCUUCUGUCAGCGUUUGGGAUCGCAUUUCUCUCAUCUGUGGCCUCUGCAACCGACAACACAACCCAAGGUCUCCUGACCCCUGCAAACAGCUCCACUUCCCAGGAAUCAUGCCCAGGAGCGGCCCUGAWGGAUUCCAGCCGCAGCAUAUUUGCAGCAGUGGACUCACUGGUAGGAGAACUUUCUUGUAAAAGGAAGGAAAAACGAAGCCGGUCUGAAGACCCGUUCAUGGAAGUGGAACAAAACAUCCAACGGAUUGUUGAGUCGUCUAUUAAAGUCUUUUCAGACUUGGGCACCAAUUUGUCUGGAUCUGAUGUUUUGGAACAAACUGGGAUCCUGGACAGCCUGAGUGUGGACAACUACAACGACCCGGCGUUCAUCAGGCUGUGGUUCUCUCUGAAGAUGACCUUCCUGUUGCCUUUUGUCACUGACAGCUUCCUCUUCCAGCUUGGCAACAAGAACUUCAGCUGCAGUUCCUUCCAACAACUGGUGAAGUCUCUCAGCGAAGGACUUGAGACAUCUCAGACGACAGGGAGGCAACAAAUCUACAGCAACUUCAUUCGGGUGUAUCUGACCAGAAAGGACACAGCAGAAGCUGGAUGCACAGAAAAUGUGGAAGGAAGUGAAGAAUGGCUGGAAAAAAACAUUCAGAGCUUUUUGGUCUUUGCAACACUUCAGGACCUCAAAACAAUGAACAGAAAUUUUUCUGGAAGAGAUGUGCUGGAGAAGCUGUCACCACAGCAGAGAGCAGAGCUGAUCCUGGAUCCAGACAGCGGUGCUUUGGAAGAUGCUGAAUUUGUCAGACUAAUCAUCAAAAACAUGACGAUGUCUGGAGAUGAUGACCAACUGAGCCAGUUUUUUCAGAUGUUUUCAAUGUUAAGUAAAGAG